CGCGCAUGUUCGUAAAAGGCGGGGCUGAGAAUAAUGGCAGACAAGGCGGAUGACUUAAAUUUGCCGGCUGCUGUUGUUGCGAGGUUGAUAAAGGAGGCGUUGCCGGAAGGUGUUAAUAUCUCGAAAGAAGCGAGAACUGCAGUCAGCAAGGCUGCCAGUGUGUUUGUUCUUUAUACUACGGCAUGUGCAAACACACAUGCUGUGAAACAUAAACGGAAAACGUUGACUGGACCAGAUGUCUUAUCUGCAAUGGAUGACAUGGAAUUUGGACAAUUUAUACCAAUCUUACAGGAAGCUGUUGAUGCAUUCAAAAAGGAACAGAAGGAGAAAAAAGAGCAAACAGAAAAGAAAAAGAAAGCCGCAGUUGAAGCAGUUUUGGGUUCAUCGACAGUAGCAACAGAUUCAAAGAGCAGUUCGGCACCAACUCUCGGCUCGUCAGACAGUGAGGCAGUAGCAACUUCUGUUACUGCAGAGAAUGGAUCGUCAUCGCAGAUUUGAGAGAAAAUAUCGUGACCGUAUUUUUGAAUCAGGGAUUGUUUGUGAUGUCAUUCUAAGAAUAGUGUAGGUAGCGAGACCUCGUGGUUGGUUUUAGUGCUGUCUGAUUGAUUGUAAUAAAGUUAAUGAAAAAUGGUAAGAUGAUAUUUGAUACU